AUGUCUAAUCACUCUUAUGAAGGAGAUUUCAAAGGCCCAAUUCCACCUCUUCUUAGCAGUAGAGUAGGAAAUUAAGAUGGAGAUUAUUAAUCUAUAAGUCUAAGCAGUUUGAAUGCACUAUCUCCUCGACUUUUCCUAAAUUCAUAGACCAGUCUAAAUAAAAAGCCAGAGAUUCCAUCUAUGGUAAGUGAGAAUGUGGGAUCUUUAAAUUUGAAGCCAAAAUUUCUUAAAAUUAUCAUAGCUAAAAGCUUGUAAAAUAAUUUCAUAAAAAACCUAUACAAUCGUUCUUAUGUUAGAUAAUUGCAUUAAUUAACAUAAUAUUAAAUUUCCUAAUUAGAUGAUCUUUAAUUGAGAACAGACACAAAUGAGGUAAAUAAGAGUUAUUAACUUUUUGGAUUUAUAGAUGUUUUCACACCAUAUAGCAAAUUUCUUAUAUUUUGGGAUUUAUUUUAAAUAUUGACCUAUUUUUUAAUAUUUUUUUGGUUGCCCUUUAAGAUUUCAUUUUAGAUUUAUCAUCUAAGUGAAUUAUAUUCUGAAUAAGAAAAUCUAACAGCUGAAAUUAUAUUGAUGAUUAUUUUAUGUUUAGACAUAGGUGUUGGUAUGAACAUAGCAUUUAUUAAUAAAGGAUAGUUAAUUAAAGAUCGUUAAAAAGUAAUAAGGAAUUAUUUUUAGAAGAAUGCAUUUGUUGAUUUAGUAUUAAUUUAUAAUUUAUUUUUGCGGUUUCAUUUGUAACAAUCACAAUUUAGUUUUUUUUACCUAGUUUGAGCUCAAAAGAUUUUGAAAUAAUAAUGAUAGAAAUAAUAUUGUGUCUAAUAUUUUGUAUACUAAGAGUAACAAAAAUAAACAAAAUAUUAGCCUAAUUAUAAGAGUAAUUAAUUUAUAAUAUGAGAAAGAUUUUUCAAUUUAAGUAUAAUGAUGAAUGAUAUAGUUAAUUUGAUGAAAGUAUUGUUGGUGAUUGUUAGUGUAGUUCAUAAUUUUGGUUGUCUUUGGCAUGGAAUAGCUAAUUUUAGUUAAUCAUAUUCUUGGCUUGAUGCAUAUAAUAUGAGAGAAAAAUAAAUAGCAUCAAAAUAUAAUGUGGCAAUUUAUUGGGCAACAAUGACUAUGACUACAGUUGGAUAUGGAGACAUUACAGCUAAAAAUGAUUUAGAACUUUUAAUAAAUAAUCUUACUAUGUUUAUUGGAUCAAUUGUUUUUGCUUAUUCAGUUAACAGUAUUGGUAUUUUAGUUACAAACAUUUAUAAAAGCUCAAUGGAAUAUAGUAAAACCGUUAGUCUUAUAAAUAAAUUUAUGGUAAAGAAUAAGAUUUAAUAUGAUUUAUAAACUAAAAUUAGGAGCUAUUUGGAAUAUAUUUGGAAAGAAGAGUAAGAAUAAAAUGACGAUGAGGUAGGUGAUAUUGUGAGUAAAUUAAGUAAGCAAUUAUAGGAAGAAUUGAGAUUUUAAUUAAGAGGAAAUAUUUUGAGAAGAUGCAAAAUAAUGGUUAAGACAUUUUCAGAGUCUUUAGUAAAACAUCUAUUGUAAUAUAUGGAAGAAUAAUCUUAUUCUCCAGAUGAACGGAUUAUAUCUGUAUUAUUUUUAUAAUUAUUUUUAGUUAAAUGAUUUGGAUGAUUGUGCUUUGUAUAUUAUAACAAAAGGAGAUGUAGAAUUAAUAUUUGAAAGUAUGGAAAUUAAUGAGAAAAUUAAAAGAAAUUCUUUUAAAAAUUAUACUUAAUAUGAUAGUUUUGGAGAGUUGUCAUUUUUCACUGGUAAUCCUAGAACAGCAACUGCAAUUUCAAGAGGCUUUACAAGAGUAUUUAAAAUUAAAAGACAAAUCUUUCUUGAUGUCUUAAAGAGUUAUCCAGAUGAUCAAGAGAAAUAUUUUGCCAUCAGAGAUCAAAUAAAUUUUGGAGAUUACACUCCAUUAUUAUUACAAUGUUUUAGUUGUUAGAGUAAUACACAUUUGAUCUCUAAUUGUAAUUAUGUUCAUUUUUGUAUUGAUAAAGAAAGAGUAAUUAAAUAAGAACUUUAUCCUAUCAAACAAGAACGAAAUAAAAAAUAUUUUAGAUUACAAAAAAAAAUUAAUUCUAAAAUUAAUCUAACACUCAAUUAAGUUAAGGCUGUUAAUUAUAUUAAUGAUUUUAGAUUGAAAUAGACUGAAGAUCUUGAUUCACCUAAUUAAGCUUUGUAUGAGUAUGAUUUUUUUGAAGAUGACGAACAAAUAGAAUAAAGUAACAAUAUAAAUGUGAUUAGUUCAAGAUAUUAAAUCUUUAAUUGAUGUUAAACCUCAUUAAGAAGACAAUGAAUUUAAAUAAAUGUCUAUGAUGAGUUUUAAGAAAAACUUAAGUAAGACAGCUCUAUAAACAUUAUAAACUGCAGGAUUUGGAAUUUAAAAUGAUUUUAAUAAAGAACGUAUGAAUUUUAAGCAAAUAUAUUUUUAGCUUAGACUGUAUAGGAGAUAGAGAACUCAGAUGAAUCAUUAAAUAAUUUAGAUGUAAUUGAGCGGAUGCCUUCUAAACCUUCUAUAGUUUAUUAAAAUUUAAGGUCAGCUAGAAAGAAAUUAAAGACUUAAAGAAUUUCUACUGAAUAAAGAAUUCUUCAUAAUAACAGAACCUCUAUUGAUUAAAAAAUAGUUGGAAAUCAUAUAUAAUCUGAUUUAAUUAUCAAGACUCAUUCAAAUGCAAGCAAUAACAUCAAAUCUCGUAGAUCCUAAGCAUUUAGAACUCUGUCUAAUUAACGUAAUUAAACUGUGACAACAAAUCUUACUUAAUAAAAUUAAGCUUAAAGUUUAAUACAAUAGAAUGAAUUUCAUUUAGGAUUUGAGAAAAUUAAAAUUUAUGAAUUUUAUCAACCUUCAUAUAAUUAUGAUUAAGUUAUAAAGAGGUAAAAAGUAAUAUAAAAUAGAUAUUCAAAACUGCAGAAGUUUUUUGGUAAAAAGAGAUUACUGCCUGAAUUCUCAUUAUAUUCCUUUGUAUAUGAAACCAUUUAAAAAGGAGUUAAAUUACGUAGGAGGGGGGAACAAUAAAGAAUGAAGAAAUCUCCUAAUAUGUUGAACUUUUUUGUGAAGAAAACAUUACGAUAGAAUAUGGGUUUAACUCGUCAAUUAGAUUUUUUGAAAGAUUGA